CUUCCUCCUUAUCUAUUUUCUUCUUCUCCUUCUUCUUCUUCAGACAUUUGUAUUCUACCUUCAUUGAGUGCGAGAGAGAGACAGAGAUAGUGUGUGAGGAGAGGUAGAGAGAUGGGGAAUUGCCAGGCCAUAGAUGCAGCUGCGUUGGUCAUACAGCAUCCUUGCGGCAGGAUAGAGAGGUUGUAUUGGACGGUGAGUGCGGGAGAGGUGAUGAGAAUGAACCCGGGACAUUAUGUUUCUCUUAUCAUUCCAUUGCCCAUCCCUCAAGAUCAUGACACUCCUGAUAACAAGACUGUGCGCUUCACCCGUGUUAAGCUUCUCCGCCCCACCGAUACUCUUGUUCUUGGUCAUGCCUACCGCCUCAUCACUUCUCAAGAGGUUAUGAAGGUGCUGCGGGCAAAGAAGUAUGCGAAGAUGAAGAAGAACCAGGUGGAAUCAGCAGAGAAGUUACAGGGAAUGGCGGAGAGGCAGAGUUCAAGUUGUGAAGAAGAUGGAGGAAGGUCUGAAAUGGAGAAAUCCAAUCAGGUGGUGAACCAUGAAAGACACCGACCGAGGACAGCAUCAACGACUUCUGCUGCAGCGGCAAGGAUGUCCAGUGGAAACUGCAAUGGACAGCCACAAAACAUUCACUGCUGGUCUUCCUCAAACCUGGAAACAAAGACGCAAGACAUCCAGGAGAGUGGUAGUACCAAGCUGUUAUAAGCCACUGUCAACAAAUCCCACAUUCCAACCAUUUUGAGUAAAUAAGAUCUCUGUAUAGCUAAGAAAGUGCAAUGGAUCAGACGUUGUUUUUAAAACUUAAGUUUGUGGUGGAGUAUCUUCUUGAUAGAUAGGAGAUAGUAGAUAGUAUACAACAGGAGGAAAA